AUGGAGAGAGCCCUCCCUCUUCAAGACCGCCUCGCCCUCCGAAAAGAGUUGCUGGACUCCAAAGACAAGUUUAUUCUCGACCUUCCCAAGGUCGAGCUCCAUGUGCACAUCGAGGGCACCUUAACUCCCGAGCUGAGAUGGAAGUUUGCCCAACGAAAUGGUCAGGCUCUGAAACUCGAUCGCACUGGCACCGUGUACCACAGCCUGGAGCAGCUCAAGGCGUCGCACAACAUCAUCCAGUCUCGACCCGGCCAUGGCAUCGACAAUGCCGAAGAAAGCUUCACCUUCUUCGAGGCCUACUAUGGUGGCUUUGACGUACUGGUCACCCAACAGGACUUUAACGAGCUAGCCAUGCACUACUUUGAGCGCGUCGCCGCCAUGAAUGUUCGGUAUUGCGGGCCCUUCUUCGACCCUCAGGGCCACACACGUCGAGGUGUUACUUGGGACACCAUGAUGGGAGGAUUCCGCGCAACCCAAGAAGCGGCAGAGAGGAACCUAGGCAUCAAGUCGAGCUGGAUCAUGUGCUUCCUGCGCGACCUGACGCCAGAGUCAGCCAUGGAACACUACCAAGCCAUGCUGCCGUAUCGAGACAUGGUCAUCGGCAUCGGGCUCGACUCUGAUGAGAACGACCGCGCUCCCAGUCUCUUCGCAGAUGUAUUUGCUCUGGCUCGAGAGACCGGCUUCCGCAUCACGGCUCACUGCGAUGUGGGCAACAAGGACACGCACAACCACAUCCACCAAGUCGUUUCAGCACUAGGUGUUUCCGAAGCGCACUGCAUAGACCACGGUCUGAAUGCCGCACAGAGCCCUGACCUUUUGCGCCUCAUCAAGGAGAAAGGAAUUUCCAUGACGAUUAUCCCAUGGGGCUAUCUUCGCCAUGAGCCUGUCGACGAGAUCUUCCCUAGAAUCCGCGCCUUAUACGAUGCGGGUAUCUGUUUCUCCAUUGCGAGCGACGAUCCAACCUACAUGGAGGACACGUGGAUCCUGCACGACAUGCUGCUGGUCAAGAAGAUGUGCGCCUUGAGCACUGCAGAUAUGGCUACGCUCGCUAGAAAUGCUGCUGAGAUGUGCUGGGCACCAGAGACCGUGCGGACCGAGAUCCUGCGUGAGAUUGAGAGUGUGGUGGCUAGGUACGAGAAUUAG